UAACACCUACAGCGGCACUUUUUUACUCCCUACACGUUUAAAACAGGCUCCUCACUUUGAUUUGAAUGCACUUAAGGGGAAUCAUCGAUGAUUUACGACGUUUCAUCAACACAAUCAUGUCGAUAUUUGACGUCCUGAGAGCCAGAUUCAACCAUCUUUCUGGUGCGUUCACGAACAGCUCGGACAAAUUCAACUCAUUCUACCUUCAAGUUUGAAUUGUAUUGAUGUGACGCGGCCAAUAUAAAAUGUCCUUCAGAAGAAUGCUUUUAACUUUCAGAGUCCACUUCAGAGCCUGUACUUUCACACCUUUACUGCCACCUCUGCUGUUCAUUCAGAUUAUUUCAGGUUCGUUUUGUUGUGGGACUGACAAUCACAGGCUUUUCUCGUCGGUGCAGAACACAGUUCAGUUCUGUCUCCUGGCCUCAAGGUCGCACUGUUUACCAGAUAUUGGAGCGGACCUUGAUUCGGACAGAUCCCGACGCUUAUGUGAGGAACCUUCCUGACUCGGUUGCAAGAUAAGAAUUUCAGUGGCGCAGAUUUAAAAGCUUAAGUUAUGACUAUGCUGGAAAAAACUGCUGAUGAAAAGAAGACUCUGGCAGGGAAGAUGGUACCAGUGUAACAGAACCAACUUCAGUGUGACUAAAUGAAGUCCUGCUGUCACCCUCCUCUUAUAGACCCUCUGAGAGGGACCACAGCCGCUGCUCAUGCCUUCAUACAGCACAGACACAGGCAGUGUCCGGUUGCAGGCCGGUCCCGACACAAUUCCCCUCUGCCAUCAGUCAAAGGUCUAUUUUUGGCCGGAGGGCUCAGCUGAUUGUGGGCCUUGAAGAUCCUGGCCCUCCCUGAUUUUUUUCUUCCCUUUUUUUCUCCUUAGUAGUAGUCAGUUGUUCGGGCUUAUUAGGAAAAAGAGGGAGUUGUCUAGCAGCAGAGGAGAGUUGUGCUGAGUGAGGGAUGCAGCUCUCCAGGCUGUCGGUGACAUUUUAACUCCAGCUCACUGCAGUCAGCUGAUCUGGGCGCGGGGCUGCUCUCCUCCUCCCUCAGCCCCACAAGCCAGACCCGCUCCAUCUCUUCAGGGGCCCUGCUCUCACUCUGAGGACCACCACCACCACCACCACCACCAGGAGGAGGAAGAAAAAAACUCCACCUCAACUAACUUUUCUUUGAGCGGCAGUCCUCCGCGUUGGGUCCCGACGAGGAGGAUGGAGACGAGCCCCAUCCCGGUGGUGACGGUCCAAACCGCCCCCUUCGACGACCAGCGGCCCGGCACCAGCGGGCUGCGGAGGAAGACGGCGGUGUUCGAGGGGAAGAAGAACUACCUGCAGAACUACAUCCAGAGCCUGCUGUCCUCCAUCGACCUGCGGGACCGGCAGGGCUGCACCAUGGUGGUGGGCAGCGACGGCCGCUACUUCAGCAGGGCCGCCACCGAGCUGAUAGUGCAGAUGGCAGCUGCCAACGGGAUUGGUCGUCUGGUAAUCGGCCACAAUGGCCUCCUGUCCACGCCUGCUGUUUCCUGCAUCAUCAGGAAGAUCAAGGCCAUAGGCGGGAUCAUCCUCACAGCCAGUCACAACCCCGGAGGCCCCAGUGGAGACUUUGGGAUCAAGUUCAACGUGGCAAAUGGAGGCCCGUCUCCGGACACAGUGAUGGAGAGGAUCCACCAGGUGAGCCGGACGCUCGAGGAGUACGCCAUCUGCCCCGAUCUCCGCAUCGACCUGUCCAGGCUGGGAAGACACGAAUUUGACCUGGAGAACAAGUUCAAACCUUUCAGAGUUGAGAUCGUAGACUCAGUUGAGGUGUAUCUACAGAUGCUGCGAAACAUCUUCGACUUCAGUGCCAUUAAAAGUCUUCUCACAGGACCAGAUCAGCUCAAGAUACACAUAGAUGCCAUGAAUGGAGUGAUGGGCCUGUAUGUGCGCCGGAUCCUGUGCGAUGAGUUGGGAGCUCCGGCUAACUCGGCCGUCAACUGCGUCCCCCUGGAGGACUUCGGAGGCCGACCUCCGGAGCCCAACCUGACCUACGCCACCUCUCUGGUAGAUGCCAUGAAGGGAGGUGACUUUGGCUUCGGAGCAGCGUUUGAUGCGGAUGGGGAUCGGUACAUGAUCCUCGGAGAAAACGGCUUCUUCGUGAGCCCGUCGGACUCAGUGGCCAUCAUGGCUGCCAACCUCUCAACCAUCCCCUACUUCAGACAGCAGGGAGUGAGGGGCUUCGCCAGGAGUAUGGCCACAAGCACCGCACUCGACAGGGUAGCCAAAGCCAUGAAACUGGCGCUGUAUGAGACUCCGACAGGCUGGAGGUACUUUGGGAACCUGAUGGAUUCCGGGCGUUGUUCCCUCUGUGGGGAGGAGAGCUUUGGAACAGGAUCAGACCACAUUCGUGAGAAAGAUGGCCUGUGGUCCGUGUUGGUGUGGCUGUCCAUCAUGGCCGCCAGGAAACAGGGCGUGGAGCAGAUCGCCAGGGAACACUGGGCCAAGUUCGGACGGAACUACUUCUGCAGGUUUGACUACGAAGGCCUGGACCCGCGCGCAGCCUUCUACCUGAUGAGGGAUCUGGAGGCGGUUAUCUCAGACAAAGCCUUCACCAGCCAGAAGUUCGCCGUAGGGGACCACAUAUACAGCGUGGAGAGGACCGACAACUUUGAGUACAUCGACCCCGUGGAUGGAACGGUGGCUCGAAACCAGGGUUUAAGGAUCGUCUUCAACGAUGCGGCCCGCCUGGUGUUUCGUAUGAGCGGGAGCGGUGGAGGGAUGGGCGCUACCAUCCGGAUUUAUGCGGAGAGCUUCGAGAGAGACCCCGAGAGACACAGCAGAGAGACACAGGUGGUGCUGGGCCCUCUCAUCGCCAUCGCUCUGAAGAUCUCCAACAUCCACGAGAGGACGGGGCGCCGCGGCCCCAACGUCAUCACAUGAGCAACCCGGGAAACGACAUGCAGGCACACACAUGCAUCUACCUGCUCACAUCGAGAAAAAUACCUUUUUUCCUGUGCUUUUCUUUUUUCUUUUGUGUCUGUAGCCUCAUUCCCAUUUUUUUUUCCAUUUGUCUCUAAAUGACGACUAAACUGUGGGUGCUUUAUUUCUUUAAAAAAGGAAAAUGAAUGUUGCACUCUGUUCUCGGAAUUGUUUAUCGACCACUGUUAUCUGUCGGCUUUGGAAAACUUCAAAUAUUCAGCGUCUAAACCAGGAAGGCUAUUUAAUUAUAACUAUUGUAAACAGCAAAAACAUGAAUGUGCAGACCGACUGUUAAUGUUUGUGCCUUGCUUUUAUCCAGAAGCUUCGACUAAAGGAGCCUCAAGAGUCUUUUUUUUUUAAUUCACCUGUGCCUGUUUUUGUGUAACAGUGCAGUCACUCCUCAUAUUGCUUGUACCUGCUCUCUUAUAUACGUCACAGUGUUUUUUCAUUUCCAGCCGUUUCAUGCAGAAGUAAUCCAGCUCUUGUCUAAAUGUAAAAAUAAAACAGGCAUCGCGUCGCAACCAAUAUAUCAGUGAACUGAAUUUCAAUUAGUGUUCGUGCAUAUCUUGACUCCUGUUUACCCAAGAAAUGUAAAAUAACUGAAUAGCAAGUCACAGGUAAUGAGAAAGGAAAUAAAUAUACUUUAGAGUUGUUAUCUGAUUGGGCUUUUCCUUUUGAUUUGUCAGUUUAGGCCUUUUGGUGUACAACCACAUUUGAAUAUAUUAUUUCAUUUUCUUUUCUUUUUUUUUUUUUUUUAAUCCAAAUAAAGUUUUUUCUGUGUGUAGUG